CACAUUGAUUUGGGGUUGUAUCUCAUCCGGAAGCGACAACAAGAUUUGGAGGUUGUAGAAAUAUCGAACUGGACAACGACCGAUGUAUUUUUCAUGAAUCACAUCCAUACUUGCUUUGUGGAUAAUAAAAGAAAAAAAGAGCAGGCUGGGUGGAAAAUUAGAAAUAGUUUAGUGAACGUUGUAAAUGGCAAGGUUCCGGCGUGUGGGGUGGAUUGGCAGAACGUGUAUAAGGUGUAUGCCCCUUGUAUGUUGACGAAGCAUAAGCAUUGGGUGGCUCUAAUGAUUGAUCUGGUUAAGUGUGAAAUCAAAGUGUACGAUUCAAUGGUUUCAGUUAUUCCAGAUGAGAUGUUAAAGGAAGAACUCGCCCCGCUUUCAAUUACGAUUCCAAAUCUUCUCAACUCCAUCGACUUUUAUGAAGAAGGUGUUUACGCAAACGACUGCAGCAGAGAUUGGUGGUGUCCAUGGCCAAUAGAACGUGUGGAUGUUCCACAACAAUCUAAUCAAGGCGAUUGUGGCAUGUUUGUGUUGAAGUACAUUGAGCUUUUGAGCGCUGAGAUUCCGUUAGCUACUUGCACCGCGCAGAACAUGCCCUUUUUCCGGUUGAAGUUGGCUGCAGAGAUAUUACGGGGAGAUGCUUACAUGCCAUGAUAGUGGUUGAAAUGGGUUCAGGUACGUGAUGAUUAAAUUGGUUUUGGAAAUCUCCAAUUUGAAAGUCAUGUAAAUACACAAUACAGAUCCACGGCUCCUUUUCGAAUUCUACCUCUGCUCCUCAAUUCUUCUUCGUCUUUCUCAAUCUUAGUGUAUUUUUGUACAUAAUUUUAAGUUUAAGUUAUUGGACAACAAUUAGAACCAAAAUAUUAUUAUAGCGGAUGCAUGCUUUCAUUUUGAUUAGUGUGAUACUACGCUACGUUUAUUCUCAUAUUAGGCUAAAUGUAUAUAGUAGCUGGAUGCAGAGCAUGGACAGAAAAAUGAAGAAUCUGAAAUGGAGAUGCAGAGGCUUAGUGAGGAGAAAAGUAAAUGGAUCUGUAAAUCUAGUGCACGUGGGCAAAUGUAAAUGGAUAGGCAUAUGCGUUUUUGAAGUUAGGCACAUGCCAUUCCCAUACAUAGAAUGUGCAUCUGGAGUGUAAAGUUUUUUUGGAUUUAAUGAAACAAAUAUCUCUGUAA